UAACGCGCCUGUACCUGCCUCGGCUGCUCGUGCACAUUUCCUGUUUGGGCGGCGGGUUUUGCUUCUAGCGGUGUACCGCCACAUGUGGUACCUAGGGGAGCGAGUGUCCCUUCAGCACAAUUCGGGGGAUAGACUUAUCCCCAAGGACCCACCGGGGUCCAUGCUGGCGUUGGAUGAAGAGCUUGCCCGACUCUAUGUGGAGGCUAGGGGCGAUGUUGUUUGCCGCUCUUGGGCGGAUUUCGUACACAGGAAGGGGAGCUAUGACGACUUCCUAAGGAGACUGGCUCCACCAGUACGCUUCGUACUGCCGGAGGAGGAGGUUGAUCCUGAGGACGUUCCCCACGCUGAUAUGAUCAUCCGCUAUGAGAACUCGGACGGGGAAGAGGUGGUGGAGACCAUCCCUGUAGCUUCUCCUCCGCACCGGAGAUCAUAUGAUGCUGCACCUGAGCAUUAUGCUGCUGCGCCUCGGGCGAGAGUGCGUCGCUGGAUGCUUUUGCUUGAUUCCUUAAAGAGGCAUUGUGCCAAGCUGACCCGGAAGCUUUCUGGCUGGGACAGAGAGGAGCGCCGUCGAGAUCGUAGAGGAUCCGUUGAUAGAGAACCCCAGGUGGAGACGUCCUUGAGGCAGAAGGGACCGAGCUUGGAGCUGGGACAGGGGUCCGGUGCUGGUGCUCAUCAGAGGCAUUCUGAUGCUGAGCGUGGAGCUCCCCCUUUUGUACAUGUUGGUCCUACCAGGCAUUUGUUUGGAGGUACAGGCAGUUCACGGCCCUUUGUUUCUUCCCCUGGUUACUACUUCGGAGGAAGUGGUCCUCAGCCUUGGGGUGUAGAUUCCUCGGCUUACUAUGCAGAGAUGGAGAGGAUGCGUCAGGCUCAGAUGUUUGGGUCGUACCAGUAUAUGGCGAUGCCGCCGCCGUAUCAUUAUUCCUCUCCUCAUUAGGGAUUUCAUCCCUCUCCUGGCACACUUCGUAUCUCGGAGCAGGAUCCUAGUACCCCUGGGACGGAGCUGGAUCAGGAUCUGGAGCGCCUUUGGAGGCGGAACAGGGGCAAGGCGCCUGUGGUUGAUAUCACUGUUGGUGACAACUCGGACUGACCCUGCAUGGUAGCGAGUUCCAGCUUGCCUGGGUUGAUUUUGUAUCGGCUAGAUUGUAUUGUAUUUGUACGGAUUUGAAACUUGACUUUUUGUAUGGUUGUAUGGCUUUGAACUUGAAUUGGUUUGAAUUUUUUUUUGAAGAUUGGCUUUUGUGUGUUUGAAUGUUUGGAAUUGUAUGCGUUCACUAGUAGAAAAAACCCCUGUUGCAACCCCCUUGUUGCAGCGUACAAGUAUUAAUACGCUUCAACAACCAGUUGGUCAACGCGGGUCAAACCCUUUAAAGGGUUGU